AUGAACACGCCACAGCGCCAACAACAACGCCGGCCACGCCGCCACAACGAGAAUGGGCCCACCACGUCGACGGCCAAACCGCUACACACGGUCCAGUCGACCGGCUGCAUGGAGAUGCGCACGCCACGACCACGCCGCCAACGUUCCUCGGUAUCGUUGUGCUCCACACCCAAGACGACCGGAGCAAGCUACGGAAACGCCAGCUUCAGUGCCAGCCGCGCCACUUUCAACAGCUCGGCCUUGGGCAGUUCGGCUUCAAGCUCUGGCUCGGCCAGCUCUGUAUAUGCCGGCUCCAAGUUCACGGAUUCACCGAUGGCACGGCACGUUCCUCAGCCACCAUGCACCUGGCUGACCGACUUCCAACGUUCCGCCUCUGCUCUGGAGUCGAAACUGAAAUGGCGUGCCAGUCCAACUCCAUCUACAUCAAGCUCGGGAAUGGCUUCCAUCUCCGAGACGGAUUCGGUCGAUGAAUUGGUCGUUCUACCCCCAUCUCGCAACCAACCCACUCCCAUCAAGGUGCAUCCCCUUCAGCUGAUCAGCGCGUGCGCCGCCGUCUGA